UACAUUCUCAGUACACAAUUCUACGUCACAAAUAUAGUGUUUUUUUUUUUUUUUUCUCUCUAGGUCUGCGCCUUUUAUCGUGAUUUCAGCGGUGCUGCCCCUUUUAUUCAUAGGAAUGAUUAUCGCUGCAUCGGCACUCAUCUUCAAACCAUCUGACAAAGCAUCCACCGCCUACACAUUCUCCAGAUCCUCCUCCUCCUAUCUCCAAUCGAGCAGCUCUGUGACGCCAAGCCUUACGACAACCAAAGCACAGACACAUCCCCUGCCUCAGGCAGCUGAACGGCUGUUUGUGUGCGUUUUGAAGAACUACGGCGUCGUGGUGCCAGACGGACUAUGUGACGUCUUGUUGCUCACCUACCGGCACAGAUUUCCACAUGGAACUCUUACAAGAUUGUUGAUAGUGGAGAACUUCACUAACACUAAUCCAGGAGGUUCUUGUAUCAUCACGAAAUGCGGUAUUGACAUGAUUCUUCUGCAAACAACUGACAACCAGGCGCUUGACAAAUUGACCAGCGCUGAUGGAACAAAGGAUCUUCAGUGGUUCGAGGGACUCAAUUUUCGACAUUAUGGGAUGCUUAACCUGCGGAUUGGUCUUCACACUGAAGCAGCUAUAACACGUGUAAUUAAUUACUUCAAGGCACUCCGUGAAAAACAAAACCAGAUGAAUACAAGGGGUCUCCACAUUAUCGGUGUGACACCUUAUUUUUAUACCAACACUCCCACAAUUGGUGACGACAUCAAAGAAGACCUGCGACGCAUUGUUACGGAAGUCGACUUAGACGCCCUUCUCAUCAGAACUACUCAGACAGAGUCUGCUCUAUUCGAGCCAGAGUGUCGUCUUACCGGACCAUCACUAUGGACGCACCUAGACAAUCUGGAAAAACAAGUAACUUUCGUUCAGUCGUUGGAGUUUGCCAGGACCGUCCAGCUUCCCUCCGAUCUACGGAUAUUGCUCUCUUUCAGCUGUACCGGCUUCAGGACAUUUUACAAAAGCCUCUCCGCUCACUUGAGUCAUCAAGACAUCGAUAUCAUUCGCCAUGAGAAGUGUAGAGUAAGCCAGUUGGCGAACUAUGGAGAGGAAAAUAAAUGCCACCAAAGCGGACUGAUGGGCAUGGAAAGCAACAGCGUGACCAAUUAUGUCGUCCAUGUAACCCUUAGUUCGCGUCGCGAGGAUACCGUAGACAUGUUUGACACCAACGUGACAUACAAGAUGAAGAUGUGCAACGCUCAGAAGUUAUACGGCUUUCAAGGGGGCUAUGUGCUCUUUGACUUCGAGCAAAUAGACACAGGAAACAAGUGCGGGGAUACCAACUUCACUCAUGGUUACGCGGACGCGCACUACAUCAAGACCUACAUGAAAACCUCCCUCACGGGUUGCUAGAAGCCAUAUGUUGAUGCGCUCAACUGUAUUCUUCUAAUCAGAGCGCCAUUAUGUUUGCAUUUUGGAUUUGCAUUUAGAAUAGAUAGCGGUAGAACCUUUU